GUUAAGAUGACAGUUGAGCAUGAGGCAGGAUUCACGAUGUGCGGAAAGCUUUCUCGAUCCUAUAAAAAUUCUUAAAGCUCCACCGAUGGAUAGAGAGAGAAAGCUCGAGAGACAGAGAGAGAGAGAGAGAUGGAGGGAGAAGGAAUCGAGCACAGGACGGUGGAAGUGAACGGAAUAAAGAUGCACGUGGCGGAGAAGGGAGAGGGACCCGUGGUUCUCCUCCUUCACGGCUUCCCGGAGCUCUGGUAUUCAUGGCGCCACCAGAUCCUCUCCCUUGCCGCUAGCGGUUACCGUGCCGUCGCUCCCGACCUCCGCGGUUACGGCGACACCGAAGCGCCGACCGAUGUCGCCGAAUACUCUAUCUUCCAUCUCGUGGGCGAUGUUGUCGCUCUCAUCAACUCUCUCGGCCAGGAACAGGUUUUUGUGGUUGGGCACGAUUGGGGAGCGAUUGUAGCGUGGAAUCUGUGCGUUUUCAGGCCGGAUAAAGUGAAGGCUUUAGUCAACCUGAGCGUGGCGUUCCUGCCCAGGAACCAGGCUCUGUGGCGGGUUGAUAACUUGAGGAAGAUCUAUGGGGAUGAUUUCUAUGUUUCCAGAUUCCAGGAAGUUGGAGAAGUGGAAGCUCAAUUGGCCGAGGUUGAUACAGCUCUGCUCAUGAAGAAUUUCUUAGCCUCCAGAAAUCCAGGGCCUCUGAUUAUACCAAAAGAUGGCGGAUUUAGAAGAAUAAAAAGUAAGGAAAUCACAGUCCCUGCUUGGCUUUCUGAAGCUGAUAUCAACUACUACGCGACCAAAUUUAACAAAACUGGCUUCAGCGGCGGGAUUAAUUACUAUCGUAACAUGGACAAGAACUGGGAGCUCAGUGCUCCCUGGACUGACAUCCAGAUAAAAGUUCCAACCAAGUUCAUCGUGGGAGAUCUGGAUCUGGCCUACCAUUUCGAAGGGAUGGAGGAUUACAUUCACAAGGGUGGGUUCAGAAGAGAUGUUCCAUUGCUGGAGGAUGUUGUUGUGAUGGAAGGAGUUGCGCACUUCAUCAAUCAGGAGAGGCCUGAUGAAAUCUCAAAGUAUAUCAUUGAUUUCAUUCGGAAGUUUUAAUUGGAUCAAGAAAGGAUUUUCAAUGAACUCGGCUUUUGUUCUUUUCUUGAAGUAUGAAUAAUGUCACGUUGCGUGAUCACAUUGCACUUAGCAAAUAUUGCACGGAGGACCCACCAUUUUUAUUUUUUAAAGACCGGACAACUCGGCCACGGAAAUGCUUGCAUUGUUAUGUACGUAAUAUUUUUGCAUAUUCGAGGUGGGCAUUUCUAAUCCGCACUUACGGAUGAAUAGACAAAAUCUUCUUCUUAUUGAGACUAUU